AUGGCUCAACCAGCUUCAACAGAUACAACACCACUACAAGAACGUGUACUUGGGUUGGUGCAGACGCUUCAAUUCGCUUGGUUCAUGGGCCAUUUCCUCACACUCCUUGGAACCGCCUUUCAUGUGCUUUCAAUCGUCACUUUUCGUACAUGGGUAGUUCCUUAUCGAUUUGCCUAUGUGGGUGCUCUGCUUUCGUAUGGUGUCGUUGUGUCCAAGACCCACAAGUCUAUCAAGCUGAAUGCAGUGUAUUUACAACGCCUCGUCAUGGAUGAAAAUGUGCAGUACACGUUGUUGGCUCUUUGUUGGUUCUUUGUAAGACCCGUUACUGUAACGCUAUUGCCUUUUGCCACCUUUUCCUUGUUCCAUUCACUUGGCUAUGUCCGCAACAAGAUCCUACCAACCGUUUCCCCGAAUGAGUGCAAAGAGAUCGCAUCGUGGCAAUUCAAGAUACGUCAGGGUAUUCAAAUGUGGACCGAAAAGAAUUAUACUUCUGCUAUGCAAUUUGUUGCUCAGACCGAAGUGGUGGUUGUCAUGGGUAGACUCUUAUUCGGCAUUUUCAAAUUACGAGUGAUGCCCAUCUUUUUCUUUGCACAAUUUUUGCGCGUUCGCUAUCAUUUUUCAAGCUACACUCGCCAGUCAUUUGCCAACCUUAGGCGUACCCUGGAUAAAGUCACUGCUGAUCCCCGUGUCCCUCCUAGUGUAAGGAGCGCGUAUCUCGCAGCACAAGAAAUGAUUAUUCGAUAUGGCCAAUCUCUCAUCCAACAGCAACCUCGUCGAUAA